UAUGAUAAAAGUCCCAACUACGCAGGAUAAGAUAAUACACUAAUUUAUGUAAUUGAGAGACCUCAUAAUUUUGUGGAGUGAAAGACAGCAAAUACAAGGAGGGUGAGAGUUGAUUCUGACAUAGAAAUGGCAAAUGCCAGUCAUCUGAGCUCAUCUAAGAACAUCAACCCAUUACAUAACACAAUACAUCCAAGAAAACCAAAAUUAUCGAUUCCUCAAAUCAUCAAUGUCAAAGCUUCAAGAAAAAAUGAAGCAUUACCACUGAUCACAAAAAGAGCUUCAAAAUCACGGCGUGUGAUCACUAUACCAGCAACUACUGGAAGAUGGCCUGGGAAGUGGACUUGUGAGUACUUAAUCUCCCUUAAAGAUCUUCAGUUGGAUGAUUUAGCUGAAGAUGGUCGAAAAGAUACCGAGGUUUUUGUUAGUCUUUCCCUUCAAAAGCAUACGGGCUUUGGCCUAUCAGUGGAUGGCAGGGUGCUAACUAACAUUGUCAGGAAAUGCAGCAGUUGUUCUUCUCGUUACUGCAGAACGAUCGACACAAGCAUUUGUGUAUGGGUUUUGCCUGAUGGAAGAGCCGAUCCAUCUACAGAAUUACCCGAAAUUGGUGGUGAUGAUCCAUCCGUUAUCUAUUGUAAGCCUGGAUAUGAAGCUGACUUAGACGCGCUCAUACAAGACACAAUAAGACUUCAAAUCGCAGUGAAGGAAACGUGUUCAGAGUCAUGUGAGAAGUCCGAACCAAAACUUCACUAUAUAGGUGCUCAAAGGACAGCUUCUCUAGACAUGAGGUGGGCUACGCUUUUACAGCUUAGAAAUUCAUCCAAUCGUUGAUGCGCAAAAGUGAUCAAUCAACUCAUUAUAGAUGAUGCUACCCGUAUUUAGAGGGCACUUCGUCAUCCAUCUAACAAACCACCCAAAAGUUUCUAUUUUUAGAUACUAAAUGUUUCAUCGAUCAUUACUGUCUCAGUCAUCAUUGCACAAUAGAUGAUGCUAUUAGUUGAUUAAGCUUUUAAGUUGUUUGAGAUUAAAUCAAUGGGUAUUAUUCAUGGCUUAUGGCUUUGUGGUAUUGUAAGCAAAUAAUGGAUGAUGGAUGUUUGUAUAUUGUACAUUCAUGUAGUGUAUAAGGUUACAAUUACU